AUGACCCUCUCCAGUGACUUUGAAACUUCUCAACACGCUGCUUUGCCUCGAGAUGAGGAUGAGAUUGACAUAGUGGGCGAGGAUGAGCCUGACCACGGGCGUUUGUAUCGAAAUGAGUGCUCCACGGACCCCGGUUCCUCGGCAGAAUCUGGCGCUGAAUGUGACUCUUCCGAGCCAGAAUCCUCGGGGGAAAGCGAGAACAGCUUCUGCGCAGACGCACCGCCGUCCAGGAAAGCCCAGAGCAGCUCGGUAAAGCCCCCCUACUCCUACAUUGCCCUCAUCACCAUGGCCAUCCUGCAGAGCCCGCUGAAGAAGCUGACGCUGAGCGGCAUCUGUGAUUUCAUCAGCAACAAGUUUCCCUACUACAGAGACAAGUUCCCCGCUUGGCAGAACUCCAUCAGGCACAAUCUUUCCCUCAACGACUGUUUCAUCAAGAUCCCGAGGGAGCCUGGAAACCCGGGCAAAGGUAACUACUGGUCUCUGGACCCUGCCUCAGAGGACAUGUUCGACAAUGGCAGCUUUCUACGGCGAAGGAAGCGCUUCAAGAGAAACCACCCCGAGCUUGGCAAAGACGGACUCAUGUUUUAUUCCAACUUGAGCUGCUACCGGCCGUACGGUCAACCAUAUUGCGUACAGGGCCAGGUAAGCCCCCCGCCUGCUGCUCCUAUCCGCUACGUUCCCCUGCAAGAUGGCAUCAUGAUGCCCCCCUCUUCCUACCAACUUCUACCACAAACUCUGAACAGCCACGGGAAGUGUACUGGGCCAAAAGACUUCAGAACUCAGCUCUGCGCAGCAGAACCCGCUGAUCCAAAGCCCGGCCCGCAGGCGAAGUGCUCCUUCAGCAUUGACAGCAUCAUGAGCAAACCCUCUCCCAUCACUUCACACAACCCAAAUCCACAGCAGAGCCGCCACGGCGCUCUCGGGUACACUCAUCUCAUGUCAGGCCCCGCUGCAUGUUUGGUUCCGGCGCUCCUGCAGGCUCCCAGGACCCCGUUCUGCCCUCCUGCCAUGCUGAGCACCGCUCCUCUAAUGAACGAACACCUCAGACUCUCCUACCCUCACUGCUGA